AAGCCAAUGACGAUAAAUUCUGAAAGCGCUUGAGUUUGUUUGUUUGCACUUCAAUUGCAGUUGGUCGCUAAAAUUUUUGAUAAAAUGUCACGGAAUGUGACACUCUCGGAUGAGCAAAGCAGGCUGAAUGCGCGUCUGGAGGCGCACAUGGUUUACAUAUGUCCGGAAUGCGGCAAGGCCUUCCGCACUCAGGCUGAAUGGCGACAGCAUCUGAACACGAAACACGAUUACCUAAAGAAGACGUACUCGGACUUCAACUUCAUUCAAAUCGACGAGCGCUUCCACGAGUGCCAGCUGUGCUUCAAGUGGGUGGAAAACGCGCACAAGACAAUCGCCCUGUUGCAGUACCACUACUUCAUGCACCUGGAACACAGUGAGACCUACCGGUGCGUGCACUGCCGCAUGGCGUACACGAGGCGCCGGGCUCUGAAUGUCCACCUACUAGACACUCACAUGCGGGAGAUCGAGAAGUACGAGAACAAGCUGCGUCAAAUGAAGCGGCAGCAGACAAAAACCACUACUGCAUCUGCACCUGCUGGAAAUGCAGAGAAGCCGACGGUUCCGAGGCCUCGAGGGCGUCCCAAAGGUUCUGGGAACAGAAAGCAAAAUGACCUGCUGCAAAAGGCGCUGAUGGACAUUGAUCUGAACACAGAAUUGGAAAAGUCUCCAACACGGCCAGUGUCAGCACAAGCGGCUCCUGUAAACACCACUAAGACCAUUUCAAAUGUCAGCGAGCAGAAUCUAGACCGGUGUUUGAAUGCCUACGAGGACAUUGUGCGCAAGGAAAAGGAGAAGGAUGAGGUGCCAAAGUAUGACGACGAGUUGGAUGCCCUGUGCAAGGAAUUUUUUGAGGAUGGCACCACCACCGGCAACGUAAAAGCUGACGAGAAGCGGCCUCAAGACGAGGCUCAACUGCAGCAAGGAAAUCAAGAGGUGGUCAUCAUCGAAAUCGAUGCACUCGGCAAGGAGGAAGUGGCCCAGUUGAAAAAGGAAAUGAAAUCAGACCCAGUAAGUCAACCGGCUAAACGACGGCGCCUGUCACCGACGCCCAGCCGCGACUCCGACACGGAAAUGUCCACCAACGGCCUCACGAAGCUCAUUUCGUACUUGUGUCCAAAGUGCGGCAAAGAGAUUGCCUCGAUGGACGGAUGGCGAGCACACGUGUUCAAGAAACACGACUUUGAGCACAUCAUCGAGAACAGUUUUAAGAUCCUGGAGUCUGGGCGCAAGGCCAUGUGCCUGCAGUGCCGUGAGGUGCAACCAACGACUAUGCGCUCACAACUGCAGAAGCACUGCUUUAAGCAUCUGCCUUACCGCUCCUAUCUCAAGUGCACACUCUGCGAUCGCACUAAGACCAGCACCUCAAAGAUCCUCAACCACAUUCGCUACAACCACCAGGAGGAGCUGCAGCGUAAAAACAAGACGCAGCUGCUUAUCAAGCCGGAGCCCAUGUGGGCCAGUCCCAAUAAGUCCAGUCAAACGGCCAUGGCGGAUGACGCUGGAUCCGAUGACGGGGACGAUCAGGGCGUGCAAGCUCUGUGCGAUCACUGUGACAGAGUGUUUCGAAGCAAAUGGCGUUAUGAAAGACACAUUGCCGCUUGCCGGAGAGCCGGAGUAAAAAAGCCAGUCGAAGGGACCGUUGAAGCCAUGCUGAACCAUCUGCGAGACGGGCACAUGCGAAUGAAUGCAAUCUGGAAGGCGUUGCAACGUGAAAAGCCUUAGGCUGCAUUUUAAUUUGGAAGAGGAUCAAUGAAGACAUUUAAGUUCUUGGGCACGAUCUUUGACAGUGUCUUAAGGAGCAGUAGCGGUUUUGGUUGCCACCACAUCCGAGGUACUUCAUCUUGAGGCACUUUCCGGAUCUCUGGUUAUAGUACCACAUUUCGUCCAUGGCAGUUCUGUGGCAACUUCCUCCCCCACGUCCUUCAUUCUUGCCACCGACGCAAUUCUGGCGCCCUGUGUGAAUGUGAAUAUGAGUUAUGAAUGCAUAGUUACUAAAUGCUAUUAUUAAACAUACCGCUAGGACGUCCAUCGCAGCGAUUCUGGGCAUAAGCGAGAGAAGCGCAGAGGACAACGCAAGCUAGAACCAAAAGUAACUUCAUUUUGGAGGGUCGACUUGAUUUGUUCUGAUCUGUAAUAUGAUGGGCUUAUAUAGGCGGGUCUGUCAACAGAUUUACCAGUUCUCCAGAACGAGUAAAAAACAUCUUCACAAUGAAAUCUAUUGUUAAAUAUUUUUAGGCGAUCAGAUAAUGGUAUAAAAAGGGCUUUUCAAUGUCGUAAGAUGUAGGAUAGUUGCUUUAAGGAAAUAAUUUUUUGUUUUUCCCAAAACUUUCCAUUUUCAGCUCAAAACAAAGCUGCGAGAUCGAUCUUUUGCUUAAUCUUAUUGAUUUUGUGUCAGGGCAAAAACACUUGUGCUAAGCGUAAACAUGAUUUCAACAAAAAUGCUGUAUACAAAAAUGUUAAUUGGGCACAUUAAUACAUAUUAAAUAUAUUAAAAUGUAUUACUAAUUCGAGGAAUAUUUUCUAUUCCAUAUAUAUUCUUGUUUAGAAUCAUCGAAUCCAACUUACACCAAGGCUACAAUUUAAGAUUGUGCAAUUUUUUUUAUUAUGUUUCAAUAUAAUUUAAAACAUUUGACUUUUAACCAAUUAUCAUACAAUCAGGAUACACUAGGAAUUGCAC